UGUGAAAACCCCAAAGAAGAGCGCGGUAUGGAUGAGCACAGCUUUCCCGCUCGUGGCGAAGCUCCCGAAUUCGACGUGGCGGGAACCGCCGGGGAUCUGGAACAGGACGCCAGGGGAUAGCAGCACGAAGAGGAUGAAACCGAGUAUUACUGGCGCCCAAUCCAACAUCCUCUCUCGCUCUCGCGAUCAAUUUCAAUUUGAAUUUGAAUUUCUAGGGAUUUGGUACUAUCGCCCGACCUCUGUAGGUGUCGGCUCCUGAUUGGUUGAAUCCUAAACAGCAUGCAGACGCUACAUGUCGUCCUCCCUAAAAACAGAAGCAUCUUCAUCGCUGCUUCCAUUUUCUCUGCACACCUACAUUCAUUCUCGCUCUCCUUUCUUCCCCAGUUUUCAUCAACAAAAUUUCUCAUUUGUGAACGCUUUCUCCGAGGCUCCUGAAAAUCUCCUUUUUGCCGGGUAAUGGUAUACUCAGGUAGGAGGCAGGCUUAUUGUUAAUCGAGUUGGUCACGAUGAGUCAAGACGGUUCUUUGUCUCGGAGAAGCAUUUCGUUGCCGAAGACUCUGGGAAGGAAAAAAGUUUCCUCAGCCUCGACCGGUCGGGUCGCCGGCGACGGAGUUUUGGAUUCGCCUACUAGCAGAAAAUCUCUAACGACUUUGCGUUCCAUGGGACAGCUGAAUGGUGAACGAACAGUGAAGAGAUUGCAUCUAGUAAGAGCCUUGACGGUGCCAGAGACCACAAGCAUUAAAGAAGCUUGCCGACGAAUGGCUGCACGCAAAGUCGAUGCUCUGUUGCUGACUGAUUCGACUGCAUUGUUAUGUGGAAUCCUCACAGAUAAGGAUAUAGUAAAAAGAGUGAUUGCUUGUGAAGUUAAUAUGGAGGAAACGCCGGUGUCCAUAGUUAUGACAAGGAAUCCUGUGUUUGUUCUUGCUGAUACACUUGCUGUUGAAGCCUUGCAGAAGAUGGUGCAGGGAAAGUUUAGGCACUUACCUGUUGUCGACAAUGGAGAGGUGAUUGCCCUGUUAGACAUAACAAAGUGUCUGUAUGACGCUAUUGCUCGUAUGGAGAGGACAGCCGAGAAGGGAAAGGCCAUUGCAGCUGCUGUCGAAGGAGUUGAGAAACAAUGGGGAGCAUCAGUGUCCGGCCAGAGCACAUUUGUUGAGACACUUCGCAACCGGAUGUUCAGACCUUCUAUAUCGACAAUAAUCUCUGAAGAGAAUUCAAAGUUUGUUAUGGUUGAUCCAAGUGAAACUGUACUAGUUGCCGCGAAAAAGAUUCUUGAGCUUCGAGCAAGCUGUGCAGUUGUCACAGUAGAGGGCAAACCGCGGGGAAUACUUACUUCAAGAGAUAUGUUGAUGCGAGUCAUCGCUCAAGAUCUUCCCCCUGAAUCCACCCCUGUGGAGAAGGUGAUGACUCCUAAUCCAGAGUCUGCAAGAAUUGAUUCUCCUAUAGUUGAUGCUCUCCAUACUAUGCAUGAUGGGAAAUUCUUGCAUCUCCCGGUGCUCGACAAAGAUGGAAUGAUUGUAUCUGUUGUCGAUGUGCUUCAUAUAACUCAUGCUGCUGUAUCCACGGUCGGCAACAUACCUGGGAUUAGCACCGAGGUUGCAAACACAGUGAUGCAGAGCUUCUGGGAUUCAGCAAUGGCAUUCAGUCCAGACAACCGUGACGACACAAUGAGCGACGAUUCCAUCAAAGCGCCUUCCGAUGGAGCUGAAACCGGUCGAUCCAUUCCACUACCUACCACCGGCUUCUCCUUCAAGAUUCAAGACAAGAAAGGAAGAAUGCAUAGGUUCAUAUGCGAUUCGCAGAACUUGACGGACCUUGUGACAGCCAUCCUUCAAAGAGUCGGCUCUGAAAUCGACCGGAACAACAUUCCACAACUCCUGUACGAAGACGAAGACAAAGACAAAGUCAUCCUCGCAUCGGAUAGUGAUCUCCAAGCAGCCAUAUACCAUGCAAGACUAGCUGGUUGGAAGGGAUUAAGAUUACAUCUGGACUACCGAUCGGUCGAUAGAAGGAAUAUUGAAUAUGCUGAGACCUGGACUUCAGCGUACACCACCAUUGCUGCCGGAGCUGCUCUACUCGCCGGUUUAGGCGUAUAUGCAUUCCUCAGGCGUGCCGGUAACUAA